GGUCAGGAAGCAGGACGCAGCCCUGGGCUGGAUCCAGCCCUCCCUGCCCCCCGCUGCAGCUUGAGUUGCAACCUUUGACCCGUGGCUUCUCUACUGGGAGAAAGGAGACGCCUCCGGCCACUGCCUGGCUGGCUUAUGCCCAGCAGGUCACUGAGCUGCCUCUCCUGGCGGCGGGAGUAGGUUCCAGAAGGCUCUACCACCCCAUGAACUUCAGAGAGGGCCAACGAGCCUCUGAAAUAGCUGCUCUGCCACGAGCCCCAGAACCCAACCCGCCCUGGGGAGAGCAACCCGAGAGCUCCGCAGGUCACAAGGGCCAGGAUGGACGAGGACUUCUCCUCCCAGAUGAAGAAGAUGGCCAUGGCCAUGGGCACAUCCCUGUCGGACAAGGACAUAGACUUGCUGCCCACUGACAUGAGGCACCAUGGCUCCUUCAACUACAUCAAGUUCUUCGAGUACAUGCAGAAGUUCCAGGCCUCGGGGCAGCAGGAGAGUGUCAUCCGCAAGACCUUCCAGACCCUGGACAAGGACAAGAGUGGCUUCAUCGAGUGGAAUGAGAUCAACAGCGGGCCCACCACCCCACUGACGGACGAGGAGGCUGAGGCCGUGAUCCAAGCAGCCGACACGGAUGGGGACGGGAGGAUUGACUUCGAAGAAUUUUCUGAAUUGAUCAAAAAGGAGAAAAUUGCAAAGAAGUAGCACCACGCCCAGCCCCGGCUGGCUGAGCAUCCCCCAAGGGGCACCGUGGGAUUCGCGAGUGCCCUGUGGAGGCCAUGGGAGUGGACGCAGCUUGAGCCAGGAAAAUUGAAGAAAAACAGCAUUAA